CUCCGUCGUUCUCCUCUCGGAUUUCUCAGAUGGAAUGGCAGAUCCUGUUAGCCAUGUCAAUCACGAGCGUGACAUCGAGCAAGCACUCGUUACAUUGAAGAAAGGAACUCAGUUAAUCAAGUACAGUCGGAAAGGGAAGCCGAAAUUCCGUGCAUUCAGGCUUUCUCCAGAUGAGGCGGCAUUGAUUUGGUACUCACACGGAGGAGAAAAGAAUCUGAAGUUGUCUGCUGUUUCAAAAAUCCUCCCUGGACAAAGAACAGCUGUUUUCCGAAGGUAUUUGCGUCCUGAGAAGGAUUACUUGUCGUUCUCUCUCUUAUAUAACAACGGAGAACGGUCUCUUGAUCUGAUCUGCAAGGACAAGGCCGAGACAGAGGUUUGGUUUGCUGCCCUCAAGUCUUUAAUUGGACAACAACAGAAUAGACGUGCCAGAAGCGAGAUACCCGAGAUACAUGACAGUGAAUUCUUCACCAGUGGGCGUGCAUCCUUUACAUCACCCGUAGACUUCGUUAACAAUAUUCCCCGGUGUGGGGUUUCUGUUGAUUUUGGUUCUCAAAGUCCUGCAUUCUAUUUGGGAGUAUCAGAUGUGGGUUCAGAACGUGGAAAUAUGCUAAGACCAAGUACUGAUGGUUUUCGGAUCAGCGUCUCAAGCACCCCGAGCUGUUCGAGUGGAGGGUCCGGACCAGAUGAUAUAGAAUCAUUAGGCGAUGUUUAUGUUUGGGGAGAAGUUUGGAGCGACGGGAUAUUACCUGAUGGGAGUGUAAGCUCUACAACUGUGAGAACAGAUGUAUUAACUCCAAGGCCUCUGGAAUCGAAUGUCGUUCUCGAUGUUCAUCAGAUUGCUUGCGGUGUAAGGCAUGUUGCUCUCGUGACAAGACAAGGCGAGGUUUUCACAUGGGGAGAAGAAGUCGGAGGAAGGCUUGGACACGGAAUUCAGGUGGACAUUAGCCGUCCAAAACUCGUAGAGUUUUUAGCUCUCACCAACAUAGAUUUCGUUGCUUGUGGAGAAUACCAUACUUGUGCUGUAUCUACCUCUGGAGACUUAUUCACUUGGGGAGACGGGAUUCACAAUAUCGGGCUUCUAGGGCAUGGUAGCGAGAUCAGCCACUGGAUACCGAAAAGGGUUUCUGGUCCGGUGGAAGGUCUUCAAGUACUAUCUGUCGCCUGUGGGACAUGGCAUUCGGCUUUGUCAACUUCUAAUGGAAAACUCUUCACCUUCGGGGAUGGGACUUAUGGCGUUUUGGGACAUGGAGAUAGGGAAAGUAUUUCGUAUCCUAAGGAAGUACAAUCAUUGAGCGGGCUGAAAACCCUGAAAGUAGCUUGCGGUGUUUGGCAUACUGUUGCGAUAGUCGAGGUUAUGGGGCAAUCGGGUGCGAGUAUUUCGAACAGGAAGUUGUUUACUUGGGGUGACGGCGACAAACAUAGGUUAGGACAUGGAAACAAAGAGACUUAUUUGCUUCCUACUUGUGUCUCUUCGCUUAUCGACUACAACUUUCAGCAGAUUGGAUGUGGGCAUACCUUAACAGUCGCGCUUACGACCUCGGGGCAUGUUUUCACCAUGGGCGGGACUAUGCAUGGCCAGCUCGGUAACUCCAUUGCUGAUGGUAAGUUACCUUGCUUAGUGCAAGAUCGAUUAGUCGGAGAAUUCGUCGAGGAAAUUGCUUGCGGGGAUCAUCAUGUUGCCGUCUUGACGUCGAGAAGUGAGGUCUUCACCUGGGGAAAAGGUGCUAAUGGAAGAUUAGGGCAUGGAGACACAGAAGAUCGAAAGACACCGACAUUGGUUGAAGCCCUCAGAGACCGGCAUGUGAAGAGCAUAGCGUGUGGCUCGAACUUCACCUCAAGCAUAUGCAUCCAUAAAUGGGUCUCAGGAGCCGAUCAAUCGGUUUGUUCUGGUUGCCGUCAGGCUUUCGGGUUCACCCGAAAGAGACACAACUGUUACAACUGUGGUCUGGUCCAUUGCCAUGCCUGCAGUUCGAAGAAGGCCCUGAAAGCAGCAUUAGCUCCAACUCCAGGGAAGCCUCAUCGUGUAUGCGAUGCCUGUUACACCAAACUGAAAGCAGCCGAGGCAGGAGGGUAUAACUCCAACACUAACAAGAAAGUCACGGCUCCUCGACGAUCAAUAGAUGGCUCGGUGAGAUUGGACAAAGAGGUGAGGACUUCAAAGGUUCUACUGUCUCCGACCACAGAACCAGUCAAAUAUCUUGAGAUCAGAUCUUCAAGACCCGGGGUUAGAUCCGAUUCUCCUUCCAUUGUCCGAGCCUCGCAAGUUCCAGCUAUCUUGCCACUGAAAGAUGUAGCGUUUCCGAGUUCGAUCAGUGCCCUUCAAAAUGCUUUUAAACCUGCUCCUCCGGUUGGUUCACUAGCCCUGCCCGUGCUUCCGUCUCCGCCUACAAGACCCACAUCCCCUUAUGCAAGAAAACCAAGCCCUCCUCGGUCUUCUGGGUUUUCCAGGAGUGUUAUCGAGAGUCUGAAGAAGACGAACGACGUUCUAAACCAAGAAACGGCAAGAUUGCAGAGCCAGGUUAGAAGUUUGAAGCAGAGAUUAGAUAAUCAAGAAGCAGAGGUACAGAGACUACAACGAGCAGCUAGAGCCGCUUCUGAAUUAGCUUCAGAGCAAUCUUCAAAGCACAGAGCAGCAACCGAAAUCAUCAAAUCUGUCACUGAACAGCUGAAAGGGUUGAGCGAGAAGUUACCUCCUGAAGUGUCUGAAAGCGAAGCUUUCAAAUCGAUUAAUUCCCAAGCCGAAGCUUACAUAAACACGAACGAAACAUCGGAAACGUCUUUACAUGCAACUUCAGAACAAAACACGGAUCCUUGUACAAACACGAGAGGGCAAAGGAUAGAGGAGCAAGAAUCGUCGUCGUCCAGAUCAUGUACCGUGAUGUCCCAAGAGGCUGCGAAUAUAGCAGAGACCAACUCUCAUCCCUCGGAUUCGAGACCACCGACAGAAGCUCCGCCAUCGAGAACGGGAGGAGGCAAGGAGAUUAUCGAACAGUUUGAACCUGGAGUUUACGUUACUUAUGUCCUUCACUCCAACGGUGGCAAGAUCUUCAGACGAGUUAGGUUCAGUAAGAGGAGAUUCGACGAGCAUCAAGCGGAAGAAUGGUGGAACAAGAACAAGGACAGGUUGCUAAAGAGGUACAGUCCACAUUCAUCAUCAUCAUCAUCAUCAUCACCUCCAAAGGGUUCUGAUUCAGCUGCUGCUCCUCCAUUACCGUCCGUACCAGCAGUUCAAGAUCAAAGCGAGGGGACAGAACAAGCUUCAGAAACCUAGGCCUUCUUUCUUCUGUGAGUGUAUCAGUCUUCUCUAGUUAUGUCUGUCACUGUCACUGUCAGUGAAGCAGAAUAAAAGAACAACAGAAUAGAUUCUCUGUCUUUAAGAAUUGAUACAGAUAUUCCAAUUUUUUUAUUUUUUUAUUUUUUGGAAAUGCAGAAGGAUACAUGUUAAUGA